AUGACGGUCCUUUGGGUUCUCCUCCCGUUCGGCGUCACUGCAGGAAAUAAGAUGUCGAGCGCUUCCUCUCUACUUCCACUGGACAUGGCCAAGGACUCCGUGGACGACAUGUACGACGGCUGCCCCGCUGAAAUGGAAAAGAAGGCCAAAGAGUACCUGAAGCAUGAGCUGAACAAAGACCCCCUGUUUAAAAAGACCUGGACGGAAGCAAAGCAAAAAUACCAGAGUAGAUUUCCUAAAGCUAGUAAAAAAGGCGUGGAACAGAUCCUAGCUCUUCAUGUUUACCUCUUUAUCAAAGGAAACAUGUAUCAGCCUUUUAAUGAGGCCACUAGAGAACAGGGACCCGAGUACAAGACCACGUUCAAGUAUCACGCGCUGCACUUUUACCUGACCACAGCCCUGCAGACAAGGCAGAAACAGGACACAUGUUACAACCUCUACCGCAGGACGGACAAGUCCUUCCAACAAGACGUCCUCAACAAGGAGGUUCGCCUCGGCUCCUUUGCCUCCAGCUCACUGAACCAAGACCUGGUGCGAUUUGGAGACCAGUCGUGCUUUGAGAUUGAGACGUGCAUGGGAGUGGACGUCUCCAUGCACUCUCCAUUUGUGAUGGAAGCAGAGGUGCUGAUUCCUCCUUACGAGGUCUUUAAAGUAACAAAGAUAACGAGGAGAUCAGAUGAGCUGGAUCUUUGGUGUGAUGUGGUCUAUGAACUGAAGAGCACUAAAAAACCUCUUUCCAAUUUCAAUUGUGCUCUUGUUCCGAGAUAAACCCAGUGACCUUUUUAUGUGCAGUUUACAAAACAUGUGACGUUUAGGAUUGACGAUGCAAUGAUUCCCUGCAGAUGAUCUUUAAACCAGAAAAUAAUAUGAAUAUGAAUUUGCUUUUGUUGGCAUCAACAUAUGAAUAAAUCCACAUAGUGUUUUAUUGGACGAAAAUGUAUCCU